GCCAUCAUUCCCAAGACGACACCCUCACCAAAAUGACCAGCCGCCUGCUCCGCCGCGGCAAGGGUGUGGUAGAUCCACUUUCUGGCUUGGAAGACAAGGGCACAGUGUUGCAGAUGAUGUCGUGUGGUCUGUGAUGCUCAAUCAAACGGACGUGUCGUACGGCGUCAAAGGACACAACAAGUUUUACUCGUUUCAGAUCAUCAUCGACAACGACGACGGGCAUCGAGCGUACGUGUUCUUUAGGUGGGGCCGCGUCGGAGCCAAGAACCCCCAGCGCAAACUCCAUGGGCCGUUCACGAAAGACGCGGCCAAGCAGCUGUUUGUGUCCAAAUUUACCGCGAAAACAGAAAACGAUUGGCCAGUGACGCCCCCGUUUGAACCUGUCAAGGGCAAGUACACUCUGAUUGAACUGGAUUACUCGGAAGGUGAUGACAACAGCACCACCAUGAUGGAGGCCGAGACAGCGAAGAAUAAUCCCGAGCAAGGAGCGGCGGAGGUCGUGCCGCCGUCCACAUUGCCGGUGUCGGUGCAAACAUUUGUCAAAUUGAUUUGUGACGUCGACUUGAUCGCCCAAGAAGUAGCGGAAAUGCACUUGGAUUUGAAGCGCAUGCCGUUAGGCAAACUGUCCAAGGCCCACUUGGCCAAAGGCUAUGUCAUAUUGGAUUUUAUUUCCGAUACAUUGACCACCAUAGCCGACCUGAAUGCAGCUUCUGCAACAAAGCAAGUCGAAGGAACCAGCAGCACCCCACGCCACCGCCGCCGGUCGUCCCGAGUGAUCAAGUCAACCGCGUCGUCGACUACAAAGGCCCAAUUGGCCAAGUGCAAAGCGCAAUUGAAGGACCGGACGAGCGAGUUUUAUACGUUGAUCCCGCACAACUUUGGCAUGUCGUUGCCGCCCGUGAUUGAUUCCGUCUCGGAACUCAAACUCAAGCUCGACCUGUUGCAAGUGCUAGAGGACGUGGAAAUCACCCACAAAAUGCUCCAAACCGAACGAAAUUCCGAAGUGAACCCUGUGGAUGCACAUUACAGCGCCCUCGGCAUGACGUUAACCGAAGUCGACGCGUCGUCUGCCGAGUUUACUCGCAUCCAAGAGUACAUCAAGCUCACCCACGCUCCAACCCAUCGCCAGUACAAGCUGCACGUGGACGCUGUCCACGCCCUCCACAAGCUCGAACCCAGCCACUCAAUCGAUGAGAAGGAUCCUUCUUUGCUGUUUGAUGCACUCAACAACCACCAGUUGCUGUGGCAUGGCUCUCGCUUGUCCAACAUUGCGAGCAUUUUGACCAAGGGCCUUCGCAUUGCGCCGCCAGAAGCGCCGUCCACGGGCUACAUGUUUGGCAAAGGCGUAUAUUUCACUGACGUGGCGUCCAAGGCGGCCAAUUACUGUUGGGCGAGCGUUCACCAAACCAAGGUUCUACUGAAUCCACAAUCAAUCCCCAAUAUGGUCUGUAAAACCAAACAGCUCUUAACGGCACUUCAAGGGAGUGUUGAUCUUAAGUGACGUGGCACUCGGCACGCCCGUGCACGUGUUGGACGCUCAAGAGUAUUCGUUCGAGGCUCUCCAAAAGCUAAAGUGCCACAGUCUCCUGGGCGUGGGACGGAUGGCUCCCAGUGAAGCCACGCAUGAGACAUCGGAGGAUGGAGUGAAAAUGCCCAAGGGAACGCUCGUGCCCACAGAUGCGGAAGGCGGAUCAUUGCUGUACAAUGAGUAUGUCGUGUACCGCACCGACCAAGUGCGACUGCGGUACGCUGUCACAGUCACAUUUGAAUUCAACUAAGUCCAACACGGACAAUAUCGAGAAUUAUCGUAAUGGACUCUACUCCCAUAAACCAACGGCUGUGUGUACAUUAAUACAUGGCAAUAUAU